AUACGCGCGCCAGAAAGACAGAAAGAAAGAGAGAGGUUUCCUCCGCCGCCCCUUCAUACAGGCCGGAAACUGUAUUCAUCCUUCCUUUCUCUUUCCGUUGCGACUUGUAGAAGACAGGUCGGAAGCUGUAUUCAUCUUUUAUCAACAAAUUUCAUUAAGAAAGUGAAGAACGAGAAAAAUGGGUAUAUUUGAACCUUUUCGAGCAAUUGGAUAUAUAAGCUGUGACGUCCCCUUCUCUGUUCAAAGGUUGGGCACUGAGACAUUUGUGACCGUCAGUGUGGGCAAAUCCUGGCAGAUAUACAAUUGUGCAAAGCUCAACUUGGUUCUUGUUGGUCCUCAGCUGCCAAAGAAAAUAAGGGCUCUUGCUUCCUACCGGGACUUUACUUUUGCUGCAUAUGGAAGCAAUAUUGGUGUUUUCAAACGUGCUCAUCAGGUGGCAACAUGGAAGAAUAAUGCUAAGGUCAACCUGCUGCUUCUUUUUGGAGAUCACGUACUUAGCGUGGAUGUUAAUGGCAAUAUUUUUAUUUGGGCCUUUAAAGGAAUUGAUGACAAUCUUUCUUCUGUUGGACAUCUUAUGAUGGACGAGACAUUUAUUCCAACUUGUAUAAUGCAUCCUGACACCUACCUAAACAAGGUGUUACUUGGAAGUCAACAAGGUUCCUUACAACUAUGGAACAUCAGCACACAGAAAAAACUUUACGAGUUUAAGGGAUGGGAGUCACCAAUAGCUUGUUGUGUUUCAUCACCAGCACUAGAUGUUAUUGCAGCGGGAUGUGCUAAUGGAAAGAUUCAUGUCCACAACAUUAAAUUUGACAAAGAGAUAGUCACAUUUAAACAUUCUACUCGAGGAUCUGUGACUGCUUUGUCAUUCAGAACUGAUGGGCAACCUCUUUUAGCAUCCGGAGGUUCAUCUGGGGUCAUAAACAUUUGGAAUCUCGAGAAGAGGAGGCUCCAAUCUGUCAUUGGUGACGCUCAUGACGGUUCAAUAAUUUCAUUGCACUUCUUUGCCAAUGAGCCUGUAUUAAUGAGUUCGUCCGCAGACAACUCUGUGAAAAUGUGGAUUUUUGAUACAAGUGAUGGUGAUCCUCGUUUGUUACGUUUUCGAAGUGGACAUAGUGCACCUCCUCUUUGUUUAAGAUUCUAUGCUAAUGGGAGACACAUUCUUUCUGCUGGUCAAGAUCGUGCUUUUCGUCUCUUCUCAGUUAUUCAGGAUCAGCAAAGCAGAGAGCUUUCUCAACGGAAUAUAUCCAGAAGAGCAAAAAAACUGAAAAUGAAGGAGGAAGAUAUUAAGCUGAGGCCUGUAAUUGCAUUUGAUGUUGCUGAAAUUAGGGAGCGUGACUGGUGCAAUGUGGUCACCUGUCACAUGGACACUGCACAAGCUUAUGUGUGGAGGCUUCAAAAUUUUGUCCUGGGUGAACACAUCCUGAAACCAUGCCCAAAUAACCCAACAAAUGUUAAGGCUUGUGCCAUUAGUGCUUGUGGCAACUUUGCUAUUAUAGGGACAGAAGGAGGCUGGAUUGAGAGAUUCAAUCUUCAAUCUGGAAUUAGCCGAGGCAGUUAUGUUGAUUUAUCUGAAACAAGGGGCUGCGCUCAUGAUGGGGAAGUAAUUGGUCUUGCUAGUGAUUCAACAAACACAUUGAUGAUUAGUGCUGGGUAUCAUGGUGACAUAAAGGUGUGGGACUUCAAGAAACGAACCCUAAUUUCCAGAUGGGAUACAGGCUCUUCUUUGGCAAAGAUUGCAUAUCAUCGUGUUAAUGGUCUCCUAGCAACUGUGGGGGACGAUUUUGUAAUUCGCAUGUUUGACGUUGUUGCAUUGAGAAUGGUUCGUGAAUUUGAAGGUCAUACAGAUCGUGUUACUGAUAUAUGUUUCAGCGAGGAUGGAAAAUGGCUUUUGUCCUCGAGCAUGGAUGGGACUCUCAGAAUAUGGGAUAUUAUAUUAGCAAGGCAAAUUGAUGCUAUUCGAGUUGAUGUUUCUAUUACUGCUUUGUCAUUGUCUCCUAAUAUGGACAUUUUAGCAACAUCCCAUGUUGAUCAAAAUGGUGUCUAUCUUUGGGCUAAUCAGGCAAUGUAUUCUGGAAUGGGUAAUGUUGAGUCCUUCGGAAGUGGGAAGGAAAUAGCAAGCAUUAAAAUGCCAUCUGUUUCAUCAACAAAAGGAGGAUCACAAGAUGAUACAGAAAUGUCAAUUGACUCGAAAAUUGCUGAGAAUUCUGAUGUGCCAGAGUUAGUCCAUAGAAGAAUCCCCGAUCUAGUCACUCUAUCAAUGUUACCCAAGAGCCAAUGGCAGAGCUUGAUCAAUUUGGACAUUAUUAAGGCCCGAAACAAACCCAUUGAGCCCCCAAAGAAACCUGAAAAGGCACCUUUCUUCCUCCCUUCAAUUCCAUCACUUUCUGGCGAAAUACAGUUUAAACCUUCUUCUGAUCCAGCUGCUGCUGCUUCUGAUACUGCUACUGCUACUGAUUCGGAGAAUCAAUUAAGAAGAGAGAACCAAGACGAUACCAAAUUCGUGCAAUAUCUUAAGUUGGCUGCUAAUACAGAAAGCUUUUCAGAAUUCACGGAAUACAUCAAAAGCUUGUCUCCUUCUGCGAUGGACAUGGAACUUAGGAUGCUUCAGAUUAUAGAUGAUGUUGACAAUGAAGAAGAAACUGAUUCGGAGAGAUCUGAGUUGCAUGUUAUACAGCUGCUACUGGAUUAUUUUAUCCACGAGACCUCAACCAGAAAUAACUUCGAAUAUGUACAAGCAGUUAUUAGAUUAUUUUUGAAGAUUCAUGGCGAGACAAUUAGGCAGCAGUUGAAGUUACAGGAGAAGGCCAAGAAGCUUUUGGAAGUUCAAUGUGCUGUGUGGCAAAGAGUCGACAACUUGUUCCAAAGUUCUAGAUGUGUCGUUGCCUUUCUAAGUAAUUCUCAGUUUUAAGGUAAGUUCUUUAGCAAUCAGCUUUUAGCAAAAUUUUGGUUCAUUUUUGAUUUAAUGGUUUAUGCCAUAGUUUGUUUGGGAGGGUGUAAUGACAAACUGACCUAAUUUUCUUGAAUGAAUUUGCUAUGUGU